AUGCCAACCAUCGACCACCAUAUCCCCCAACAAACCCGCCGCAGACGCAUCGUAGCCGCCAUGACCGGUGCAACAGGCGCAAUUCUCGGAAUAAAAGCCCUCAUCGCCCUCCGUCGCCUAAAUAUCGAAACCCAUCUUGUGAUGAGCAAAUGGGCCGAGGCAACCAUCAAAUACGAAACAGACUACCACCCAUCGAAUGUCAAAGCACUGGCAGAUCAUGUGCACAAUAUCAACGACAUGGCUGCGCCGAUUGCUAGCGGCUCUUUCAAGGCUGAUGGCAUGAUCGUUGUUCCAUGCAGUAUGAAGACACUCGCUGCCAUUCACAGUGGGUUCUGUGAUGAUUUGAUCUCGCGUACUGCGGAUGUCAUGUUGAAAGAGAGACGGAAGCUUGUGCUUGUUGCGAGGGAAACGCCGCUUAGUGAUAUUCAUUUGCGGAAUAUGUUGGAGGUUUCUCGUGCUGGUGCGAUUAUCUUUCCUCCUGUGCCGGCGUACUAUAUUCGGGCUGCGUCGGUGGAUGACUUGGUUAAUCAGAGUGUGGGGCGCAUGUUGGAUCUGUUUGAUUUGGAUACGGGGGACUUUGAGAGAUGGGAGGGAUGGCAGACUGAGAAAUAA